AUUCUUCGUGUUGUCUCGUAGGAAGUACAUCGAACACUCACUGUGAUCACAGUUUUUUCAUUUGCUGGAUUGCAUACAGCUCAGUUGCUCGUCGAUUUUACGAUGCUCGAAAAGUCACUUCUAAAGUUUGCAGAAGAGAAUUUUUGCCAAAAAUAUUGCGCAUGCCUCCAUGGUGAAACUAAGAGAAUAAGACCUUUAGUACUUAUUGUUAAACGGCACCGAUCCAUGUUUAAGCGACCUUUUGGCAAAAAUGAAUUGAUAAUCCUUGAGGGGUUAGAGAAAUACGUGGAGGGCGAAGGAGAGGAAAAAUUUUGUAAGCCGCUCAAUAAAAUGAUUACUGAAGAAGGGCUGGUCAUGGAACCGAAACUUUCCCUUGGAAAAAGUUCUCACCAGUUUGGUGUAGAUAUCUCGGGAGUAAUGGAAGUAACAGUCAAGCUGUAUGAAGACCUGGGUGACCUUGGGCUCGGCAAAUUAAGCCAGAAAUACAUAACAGAUCCAGAUAUCCGGAAAAGAAUGCGUCAGGUGGAGAUGCCGCCGUUUGUCCAAAUUCUUAUGCCACAUCUGAAAGCGCAUUUCAAGGGGACGUACAUUCCCCCAGAAGUGGCAUCAAGGACUGUACGGGCGCCAUUUCUCUUCAAGUGCUGCCGCGUUGGCUACAAUAAAGAAGUCAAUCGACUGGAAAUCCGCAAAGGAGAGUACGUGGGUAAGACUGUUACAGCGGAGUUGGACCACGCAACCAAAAUGCAAGAUGCUGAGUAUGGCGACUCACUGCCAGUAGAGAUAUAUAUGGAUGAAGAUGGUGAUUUGUCAGAUUCUUUGACAGCCGAAGAUAUUGUUAAACUGGACAUCAUUAAGAAAGAGGUGCUGCUUGCGGAAAGGACUUUAGAACGACGUAAAGCGCGAGUGAACAAAUAUCUACAAUGGUUUGAACGGGUAUUGACCACAGACCAAAAGGAGCUGUUUCUUGAUGAGCUAUUGACUGCAGAAGACUGCAAGUUUCUAAAAAGCAUCGCCCUUCCUUUCUCCAAGAAUUCUCCCAAGCUUGAUAUGUCAUCAUUCACAAAGGAAGACAUUCAUGGAUAUGGAAUUGUCUUUAAAGUGCUAAGUGAGUUACCAGAUGAACAAUGGAAGGAACUAGAGACGACUUUGGAGGAGUGAAAAACGCUGGUUACAGACAUAGCCAAUUCAAAAUGUCACGUCAUAUUUGAAGGAUAAAGUUUUCUUAAUUAAUGCUCCUUCCUCCUUUACUUUUUGGUCGCUCAAUGAAAUAUUUUAAUUGUCGUCAAAGCUUUCAUUACAGUAUCAGGGCGGUAGGAAUAAUUUCACAUGCGUCAAUAUAUCAAGCAGCAAUUAGUAAUAGUAAUUGGACCGAGUAGAGUACAAUAUAGGGAGUAAUUUUGGAAUUACAAAUAUCUAUUGACGAGCGAAUCACGUGGGUAUCCAAUUACACGUAUCCAAUUACAAAAAGUUCAAAUUGGAUACCUGUAAUUGGACACCCACAUGAUCGCGCGCCGAUUACGUGACAAAUAAUCGCGAUCGAGAAUUUUGUUACAUAUACGAUUAUAGCUCUUUAAAGUUUCCAAAAAAAUGGUGUGAAGUAGUAAAUGUGCAUUAGCAGUUAAAUAAAGUUAUCAUUUUACUUAUUUAUUUAUUGUCACUGAUUGUACUUUUUUAAAAUAAGAUCGCUGCCCCAAUUGUAUGUUUGAGACAAGAGAAAUCUCGGUCGAAUGGUAAAUAAUAUGAAAGUUAUGAUUAAAAUGCGGGGCAAAAAUGUUGAAGGCAAGAAUGUUGAGGGUAAAGAAAUGAAGAAAUAAAAUUCUUGCCAAGAUCCUUUGGGGCUAAGCAGUUCUUCUCGAGAAAUGUUUUUCAAUAGAAAAAUUUGAAUUUUAAACUGAUAGUGCAAAACAGCUCAGUGACAUUUUGAAUACCUCGAUUAUCGUGUCGCAACAUUUCCCUGACUCGGAUCGACGCAUACUGUCACCCAGUAAUGGUGCGAAAAAAUUCUUUUUUUUAGAACAAUUAAGAUCGUCCAACUUCAUCGCAUGACUUCUCAGCAAAAUAGAAAAUCCUGUGUAGUUGUCUAUCUGGAGGCGUGGUGGCGUCCUGGUUAGUUCGCUCGUCUCCGAUUACAGCGGUCCCAGUUCGAGCCCUGGGGAUAUUGUAUUGUUUUCUUGGGCAAGACACUUGACUCUCACAGUGCCUCUCUCCACCCAGGUGUAUAAAUUGGUAACGGCGAACUUAAUGCUGGGGUUAACCCUGCGAUGCACUAGCAUCCCGUAUAAGGCGGAGUAGCAAUACCCCUAGUCACUUCAUGCUACAGAAACCGGAGAUAAGCGCCGGCCUGGUGCGCCACUUGACUCGUAUGCAGCCUUAACCUUUCCUUUUACCUUGUAGUUGGCGAUCGAAAGCGCAGCAAUUGAGCGAGAAGGUU